UCUAAAUUUGUUUUGAAGUAAGCAGCAACAAGAGCGAAGAACCUAACCGGUUUAAACAUGUUGUCGUUAAGACAGUAAGCGGAAUAAAUAUUGGUUUUUGCAUACAAUUAACAAUACUCUGCCAAUUUUUCAAAGCAUGCGUUACAGCACGAGCAAUUUGCUUUCUUUCUUUCCGUGGAUGUGCUUCCAUAAAACGAGGGUUUUUCUGUAUAACUUCGAGUUUUGUACAUCGAUAGACGUUUGACGAUUCAAUUUUUUUUCGGAAAAUGGUUACUAAAAAAUUAUAAAUGUGUAGGGUGAUAAAAAUAAUAACAUUCUGUUGAUUGCUAAAUAGGCUUUUAUCUUAACUUACCAUCUUGUGAAUCAAAGUAUAUUGUACACCCAUAUAAUUACCAGCUUAUUUGCCUAAUCUUAAAAUUUCCCUAACCACUACGAACCAUUAGGCUUGGGAUGUUUUAAAGAGCGUGGACUAUUACAUGUAGCGUUUUCAUUUGGCUUCCCUUCAGUAAACAUUUUGCAGCUACAAGUAAAAAUCUGGCUUCGUGUUCCAUCAUUAUUUGUUGAUAACUUAUUUUACAAACAAUUCAAAGAUUCAUCGGAAUUCUUAUCUCUGUUCAUUUAAGCAGUCUUUCCCUGGGUUUUUGGCUUUUGAUACAGUUAUAUGUUUGACCAUCAUGCUCAGGACGAUUGGUGCUAAUUACUUUGUGGUUUACUUUUAAUUCUAAUCAGUCAAAACCAUGAGAAUGGAAAGUGAGUUUUCUAUGUUUUAAUGGUUUCUUCACAUCUAUAGAAUCAAAAAAUUGUUUGAGAAACCUUUUGUUCACUAAUCCCGUUACAAGAGUACUAAUGGGCGAUGAGGGAAGUUCCAAUCACUCUGAAACUGUUGUCGUAGACUACAGGUACUUUCUCUUUUCUUUACGUGAACUAACAAUCUUUUUUCCCCUUCUUUCUACCUUCCUUAACAUAAGCUCCCCAAAUAUUGCUAAACCAUUCCACCUGGGACAUUUCCGAGCUACUGUAACAGGGAAUUUUGUUAAAAACAUCAAUGAAGCUUUUGGACAUAAAGUAAUCGGAAUAAAUUACAUUGGUGAUUGGGGUACUCAAUUCGAUAUCUUGGCAUCAGGAUUUUCAAAAUAUGGGGAUGAGAUUGAAUUGCGAAGAAAUCCUAUUGAACAUUUAUAUAAAGUCUAUGUACAAGCGAAUCGUGAUAUUCAAUCAUCAAAUGAAAAAAUUCGAUAUGGAAUUGAUCAUGGAAAUGAAUCAGUUAACUUAUCCAGACCAAUACUCAAUAAUACAACUGAAAUACAAUCUCGUGAUACUGAAUUCUGGCGAUAUAUUCGUAAAGUAACUUGUGAACAGUUGAAAUCAAAUUAUCAGCGUAUGAAUAUUCGAUUUACAAGUUAUGAAUAUGAAUCUGAUUAUGUGGAGAAAGCUUAUUCACUUGCUAACAUGUUACUAGCCAAUGGGUUAGCUUACAAAAGUUCUGAUGGACUGACUUGUAUGUCUACAGCAAACAUUAAUGAUGUGAAUUUUUCGAAUCAAAAUAUUAUCCUAUUAAAAAGUGAUAAUUCAACUUUAUAUUUAACCAGGGAUAUAGCGGCGGCGAUUUCUCGUUACGAAAAAUAUCAUUUCGAUAGGAUACAUUAUGUGGUUGAAAUCGGACAGCGUUUACACUUUCAACAACUCAACUAUGUUCUCCUUAAAUUGGGUUAUAAUUGGCCGGUUAUAUCUAUGAUCGGUGAUGAUGUUUAUGAUAAUACUGAUAAUGAUCAAUGUAGUCAAUGUGCUCGUAAUCUUCUACAUAUUCCAUUCGGUCGAAUUAUGGCGAUGAGUACUAGAAAAGGUGAAGGUUUAUUUCUAUUGGAUAUUUUAAAUAAUGCUCAACAAUUUAUGUUGAAUCGAAUGAAAGGUUCACAAAAUACACGAAUAGCUCAAAGUGAAUCAGUUAAUCCAUCAUUGUUAUGUCAAAAUGAAAUAGCUGAUCAUUUAGGUGUUACAUGUUUGGUAACAACGAUGUUUGCCUAUCCACGUCAAAAACCAAUUAAUUUGCAGACAUUUCUUGGUUUACCAGUGACAUCAACACCAACAAUGAAAAGUAGUCAUUUGUUGAAAUCAUCACCUGUAAGCGAAUUAUGCGGAUUAACUCUGCAAUAUUGUCAUGCAAGACUGUGCAGCCUAGAAUCUCGUUCAGUUUCCUCCGGUCUAUUUCCAUUCAAGGUUAAUAACAGUGAUCCAACAUCAAUGGCGUUUGAUAUGGAUCACCUUAUUCAUGAAUUUGAUCAAUUUACAAAAUGGCCUUCAACGACAGUUAAUGAAAAAUCUUUUGUGAAAUUGGCUGAUCAGUUGUGCAGAUUUUCUACUGUGCUUCAUACCGCUUAUUCAAAAUACGAACCACAUUACUUACUACAAUAUGCAUUACAACUUACCUCUGAUGUAAACUCAGCUUGGAAGCAUUUGCCAGUUUUGACAUGCACAAAUAAAGAAGAUCAACUAAUACGUCUAUUCAUCUUUCUAGCUUCUAGAAAUGUACUUGCCUCAUGUUUACGUUUAAUGGGAAUCAGACCGUUGAGUGCGAUAUAACGGUUAAUAUUAUUAUUAUCAUUAUGAAAAAAUAGUCCUUCCAUGCUUGAGUUCAUAUCUCAGUGUAUAAUAUAGAUUGAUUAAACAAACUACCCUUUUUCUUCAUUUACACUUAUUCUUAUUUCUAUGUACAGUUAUCAUUUAUUGUUUAAAAUAAAUUAUUAUCGUC